GUGCAGAGUUUCGUGCUUGAUCUUCAAGUGCUUUGCAAGACUUCGUCACUUCCGUUCCGGGUUUCGAUCAAGAAGCUUUCAAGCUUUGACACGCUUUCAAAGAGCAGGAUCCUUGAAGACACUGGGACGGCCACUUCUGGGUCAAUCCUGAGUUGUACCAAGUUCCUUGUAGCAGGCAAUGGAUCGUGGCAGUUUCAGCUCCUUGAUGAUCUUUGCAGGGGCCUCCACUAUGGCACAAGGCGCUGCACCCUUCCAGGUGCGGCCGCCAUCUUACUGAAGUCAGAUGAGCAAGGCGUUCAUAGCAGACACAUGGAGAGGGGGAAGGAAAAAGAGGCAAAUAGGACCCAGGCUACAUGCCUGGGGACAUACACGCAGGGACCCAACCAUUCACGCUAUUCAUUCCCAUGUGUGGAACCUUCCAAAGAUGUUGGUGCUUCUUUCGAUGAAGUCUGUUUCAUAUUGACGGUGAUGGAUGCUAGUGACAUUUUUGGAGCAGAGAGGAGAUCUUUUAUGUCCCCACCAAAUAGUUCCAGGAGCAUCAUGAAUACUACCUUGGUUAUUGGGGCCACAGACUGUCAUGCUAUUGAGUCUUAUGGUGGAAUGCUCCCAUACCUGGUGACAGAAGUCUUACGUACAUGUAAUGCAUCAUCCCCUGUAAGUGUACAAUUGAAAGAGUCUGGAUAUGCUUGGCUGGUGUCUGGGAGAAGGUUGCUAGUUUGGAAGUAUCUCAAAGAACCAGAGGGAGAAUGGAAGAAGUCUGGUACUCCACAUUUUUGGGAAUUAAAAUUGCCUCCAAGUGCCUUGGCCCACAAGGCAGACUUGGUUUGCCUAAUUGAGAAGGAUGUUGGUGCUCCAGGAUGUAUGGCAGUUGCACCUGAGGGUACCAUUCGUUUUUGGUCCAGCAUAACAAGGAACACCUCAUCUCAUGAUGCAAGCACUGACCUCCAAGGGGAAGAGUGUGAUAGACUCCUGAACUUUGGUCCAGAGCUGGGUUGUAUACUCUCUACUACCACUGGUAGUGUCAUGUUAUUGACUCUGGAUUUUCUGAAGUCUGGAACCAGGAAUCGGGUGUCAUGCCGGCAAUUACGAAUGCCUCAAGGUCUCCUUGGUGGAAUGGGUCGUCGCCUGACUGGCUUCAUCUUCCCAACCAUGCCUGGGCACACAGAAUCAGGAAAGGUUUAUCUAGUAUCUCAUCCAGGGGAAGAUGGAAGAGGGCAUUUGUUAUAUGUGAUGCAUGCAGGAAGCAUCAAGCAGUGGUUCAUGUGUGAAACCCAUCCUGAGGAGCUACAGAAGGAAAUAGAAAUUGAGAAGGCUUUGAGACAUGCCUUCAUCAUGUCCCAAUGGGCAGAUCUUGGUUCACUGGCAAAUGUGAAACUCUGGUUCUUGGAUGUUCAGUGGAGCUCUUCCUUGCAAGGCAUCCUUAUUCUUGCUGCUGCUUCUCUUGCUCAGGUUGGUUCUCAAGUAUACUUUGGUGUUGCAUUAUACAAGAUCUCUAAAGAAGUUGAGACUAUGGCAAGACCUAAUUUGUUUGUGCAACUGGAUCAUACUGAGUUGUUCCAGGAGCCCAUUGAACACAUUUUAAAUUCCUACCACCUUAUUUCAUAUGCUGGGGAAGCCAUCGUCUACAACAAAGACACCAUCCUCUGUCAGAAGAUGAAGAUGGAAUCAAAGUCUGAAACAGAAGUUAUCCAGUUCCGCAGUGGGAGAGAUCUCAUCAUUGGCUCUGGCAUUAGUUCCGACUUGGGCAGCAUUCUUUUUUUAUGUCAGAGUCAUGGUCUGGUGUGUCUUCGAUCCACCGAAGUCCUUGCUUCACCCCAGGGGAGUCCCCAUUCAUCUUUCAUCGGAGGCAUUCAUCUGAGUGAUACCCUGAACCUCACCUUACCUAAUUUCAACCCUGAGUUCAUGAAGAGAUUAUAUGAAGACAAGGCCCUGUCACUCAAAGUUGCUCUCAUUCAUUACUGCCGCAAGGAAAUUGUACAGAGUAGAGAGUUGGUGGAGAAGAUUUUCUCAUCUGUUCCACACCCAACUAAAGCAAUUCCAAAUGCUCCUUUAGACAGGAUUGUGGUUCAAGUGAGUGAAGCCCAUCUGUUGGAUGAUUUUCCAGCCAAGGACCCUCGUUGGGCUGAAUCCAUUCCCCGAAUGUCUCUACCUUCCUCCAUGUCUGUCAUCCUCAUGCAUCAAUUGCGAGACAAGCGACAGGUUCAUAAUCUCUUCAUUCGAUUUUUGCAGGAUCUCAGCCUUUGGGAUAAAUUAGGCAUAGUUAGAUUACAGCAUAAAUUGGUUUCCACAAAGCAAGUGCUAAGAGACCAUGCUGAGAAGUUAGUUGCUGCUGUGAGUCUUUAUGGUCAGAGUCAGAAGCCAUGUAUGAGGGAAUCAAUCAAAGGAGUUGUGUCACAGCGUCGUUCAUCUGAGUCCCCCAAGAUGGCAAAGUUAGAACCAGAAGAUGUCUUCUUCCGUGAAGUAUCCAAAGUGGAUGAUAUUUUUCCUGCUUUUAUUUCCCUGGAAGAAGAAGCCUUGCUUGUCUCUACAAGCCCUGAGGAGUUUGCAGCCAAUACCAUUGUUCCAAUAAAUGAAGUUAUACUCUUCUCUUGGUACCUGGAAAAGGGAAUUGUGAAUAAAUUGCUCCAGUUGGAUCUACAAGAAAAUGACAGUCUUCAGCUUACCGAAUAUCUUCAAGAUCAUGAUCCACGUUGCAUGUGGGUACAAGUCCUCAGUUCCCAGAGACAUGAUGAAGGCAUAGACCUGAGCAAGAAAUUGCAAUUGGCUGCUGAGAAUCUGCGGCAACUAGCCCUAGGUGAAAAUGCUUCGGCUGUGGCACGACAGACCCUUCUCAGCCUCUCCAAGCUAGCUUUUCUCAGCUGUGGGCAGGAGGAAAAGAUAGAAGAAUUGGAUUGGAAUCUAUACCUAUCAGAAUAUCAGUCAGAACUCCCUGAGUCUGUGCUUGCAGCCAUGGGAAAGAAGCCAGAGAAUAUGAAUGUCUUGUCACCAGAAGAAAUGGCUUUGAUGUAUGUCUGUGAUGACAACAAGAACCUUAUUGAGGAGCAAGUUUUGAAGGCUCUGCAUCUUCUUAGCUUUGGAAAUGCACCAGUCCAUGAACUUCAACUGCAGAUCUGGAGCCAAGUAUUAAAGCGAGAUGCUUGGGCUUCGUUGUCUGUGUCUGAAGGAGUGUGGCAAGUGUGUAAGAAAACCCUGUUCUUCCGAGUUCUUCUAGCAGCUCGCAGUGAAGGAGUGGUCCUUCAAAAGAGUCGCACAUUGCGAGCAAUAGCCCUCAAUAAGGAUAUUAUA